GCAUCGCAUCACGCCACUCUUUUCAAAAUGCCUUCCUUACAGCCCGACUCCGCAAACCCAUACACACCCUCCCUCCCAAAGAAAGCCCUCAUCUUCCUUUUCAAGGGCGUAAAUAAAUUCGUCCCAUGGCACAAGCUCCCCACCUACAUCGGUGUCCUGAACCUCGCAGCCUAUCGCUACGAGCUGCGGCAGCACAACCUCCACGAUACGUAUCCCUCGCCCUCGUACCAAGGUAGCGCCACCUCGGACCCUGUUCCCCAUGAAUUUGCCCACACGCGAAACUCAGAUGGUCUGUACAAUGAUACAAAUCAGCCAAAGAUGGGCUGUGUGGGUAUGCGAUUUGGUCGGAAUGUGGGUAGAGACCAUACCAAGAAGCCGAGCGAAGAGGAGCUGCUGAGUCCGAAUCCGAGGGUUGUGAGCGAGGUCUUGCUGAAAAGGGAAGGUUUCAAGCCGGCGACGAUAUUGAAUCUGUUGGCGGCUGCUUGGAUUCAGUUUCAGGUGCAUGAUUGGUUCAUGCACACCAAUUCUACGACUGAGAAACAUGACAUCAAGCUUCCGCCCGGUGAUACAUGGAGUGACUCGCAGAUGAGCGUAGAAGCUACGCAAGCGGAUGAGAUCUUGGAUGACACCGACAAGAAAUCCCCUGCUUAUAGGAAUGAGAACACACAUUGGUGGGACGGCUCCCAAAUCUAUGGAUCCAGUGAAGCCCGCACCAAAGAGCUGCGCGGCCUUGCAAAGAAUGGCAAGCUUGAGGUCGACGAGCAGAAGGUAGUUACUUACCUACCUCGUGAUGAGAAUGGCGUACCUCGGACCGGUUUCUACACAAAUUGGUGGCUAGGGCUGGAAAUGCUCCACACACUCUUUGUGCUCGAGCAUAAUGCAAUCUGCGAUGAUUUGGCCAAGGAGUACCCUGACUGGGAAUCCGAAAGAAUAUUCGACACCGCUAGACUAGUAAAUUGCGCACUGAUGGCGAAGAUUCAUACAACCGAGUGGACGCCUGCCAUCCUCGGCCAUCCAGCCCUGCAAAUCGCAAUGAACGGCAACUGGUGGGGGGUCCUAGGCGAGAAGCUGUACAAACUUCUCGGCCGCGUCGCCCCAGGAGAAUCCAUAUCCGGAAUUCCUGGCUCUGGCGCCGAGCAGCACGGCGCGCCAUACUCGCUGACAGAAGAGUUCGUCUCGGUAUACCGCAUGCAUCCUCUAAUUCCAGACAAUAUAGCCUUUUUCUCUGCCGCAACCGGCGAGCACAAGAAAACUUACCCUAUUAGGGGCGUUGCGUUUGGAGAGGCGCGAGCACCGCUUACAGAGCAGAGUCUCGGCUUCGAAGACAUCUUCUAUAGCUUUGGCAUCAAUUUUCCCGGCGCGGUCACUGUGAACAACACACCUGACUUCCUCCGGGAUCUGCACACGCCUGAAGGCCGCCACGUUGACAUGGGUACCCUCGACAUCCUGCGUGAUCGCGAACGCGGCAUCCCGCGGUACAACAAGUUCCGCGAGCUGUUCCACAUGAAGCCUGUGGCCUCCUUUCUCGAGCUCACCGGUGGCAACACCGAAGUAGCCGCGAAGCUUGACAAGGUAUACGAGGGCGACGUCAAUAAGGUCGAUCUUCUAGUUGGCUGUCUGUGCGAGCCGCUGCCAAAGGGCUUCGGCUUCAGCGACACAGCGUUUAGAGUGUUUAUCUUGAUGGCGAGUCGGAGGCUCAAGAGCGAUAGAUUUAUUGCGACGGAUUGGAAUGAGGACACGUACAGCAAGGCUGGUAUGCACUGGGUGCAGUAUAAUGGCAUGAAGGACGUGUUGACGAGGCAUUUCCCGGUGUUGGGUGAGAGCUUGAAGGGGAUUAAAAACCCAUUUGCGCCGUGGACGAAGAUUGGGAAGAGUGGCGAGUACAAAGGAGAAGAGACGAAUGCUUGAGUGGUCAGUGUGGAUGGGUACCGUCUACGCUACAAUCGGAUCUCAAUUCAGUCUAGGCAGCAAUCCGG